GAAGAAGAAGCGUUCCGUGGUGACACCAGGCAGUUAGUGUUCAGUUGCUGCUCUGUCCCUCAACACUUUCGCCUCCGACAUUGGCCAUGGCAGAGCCCAGAAUAUUGUCUAUUGAUGGAAAACUGGCUCAAGAGUUUGCUGCCCCCUCGCAUGUGGAGGACGUGAAGGAGAAGAUGGCUGCUUUUGCCAAGUGUCAUGCAGAAGCUGGACGCCAAGUUGUUCUCAUCACAUCUGGAGGCACAAAAGUCCCACUGGAGUCUCGCACCGUUCGAUUCCUUGAUAACUUCAGCAGCGGACGCAGAGGAGCUGCCUCAGCAGAGUAUUUCAUGAACUGUGGUUACGCAGUCAUCUUCCUGCACAGACACCGUUCCCUCUAUCCAUACUCUCGUAUAUUUUCCACUGUGAACAUGCUGGACGCUCUGCAGUCCAACUCUGGUGACGUCUUGGUGAACCAGCAGGUGCUUCCAAACAUCGGUCAAGUCUUGAAACGAUACCAGGAAGUGAAGGAAGCAAGACUUCUUCUUCCUGUCGAAUUCAGUACGCUGUCAGAGUAUCUGCACCUCCUGAAGGCGGCGGCUCAAGCUCUCAAUAACAUUGGAUCCCGUGCCAUGUUCUACUUGGCCGCAGCUGUGUCCGAUUUUUACAUCCCAGCUUCAGAAAUGCCAGAACACAAAAUCCAAUCUUCAAAUGGACCACUUCAACUCAGCAUGAAGAUGGUUCCCAAAAUCCUGUCUCCACUGGUCAAAGACUGGGCGCCGCAAGCCUUCGUCAUUUCCUUCAAGCUGGAAACAGACCCGACUAUUCUGCUGGAAAAAGCUCGGCGGGCACUGGCCACCUACAGGCACCAGGCGGUGGUGGCCAACGUUCUGGACUCCCGGCGGGGUUACGUGGUGGUGGUGACGUCUGACACUCAGGCGGAGCUGAAUCUCACGGAGGAAGACGUGAAGAACGAGGUGGAGAUCGAAGAGAGAAUCGUGAAAAAUCUGACGGCCGCACACCAGCACUUUAUCGGUCAGCAACAGUGAUGGCAAUGUUUGUAGUCAUGACCAAGCUAACGGUUUCUAAUUCCAUGUGCAACGUUACUGUAAAUUAGUGUUGCCAUGCUUUUCCUCUCUGCCUUAAAAAGUCGAAAUGGAAACAAAUACUUUCAAAAAGUUUAUUCACCGUAUGAACUCCUCCUUCAGUAUAGAUAUAUAUAGAACAGCCAGACUGACUUGCCUGUGGAGAAAUCUGCUCGACAGAGCGCAAAGCAUCAACAAAGAUGUGCUCUACAGCUCCGGUAGCCGUUGGGUUACUUGAGUUUGACGCUCUUCUUGACGCCUGCACGGAUGCCAGACUGCUCCCCGCUGUAUCUCGCCUCUUCUCGGCGAACCUCUUGGACCUGCCGAACGAGUCCCGAAUGUCAUCUCCAACAACCAGCUUGCAUGCCAUAACUUCGUAGUGCCAUUGAAUCAUAAGAUGAGUGCCCACCUGUCCCUUUCUGCGAAUCUUGGCUCGUCUGAACUUCUCUCUGUAUUUAGCUCUCGGGUUACGGUCAAUCUUCUUCCUCUUGGGUGUGAGUCCCUUGUUUUUGGCCAUCUGAGGAGCAAAACGAGGUAGAAAUUAAGAACUGCUUAUGAUAUUAAUCUGCUAUAAACAUUCAAGUACAUGCGGGGUGUGAGGGAUGGAGGUGUACUAUUUUGAUUUUCUGAGGAUGGAAGGAAGCACUUGGUGUCUAUUGUAUGAAGAGGUACGCAUGAAGUAAUAAAGGUAAAGUAUAUAACACAAGCUCCGUCUCCAGGUCUCUUUGUCAAGUUGUGCCAAUAUGAAACACAAAACAACAGUUGUGUACCAAUUGGAUUUCAAUUUCAAAAGACAAAUGAACCUGCCCAAUCCACCCACAAAGUCCAACAAAUGCCCACAGAAAAAGGUCCAAACCAUGACUUGACUCAAGCGGGGAGCU